AUUGAAACUCAAGGUUAUUACAUUGGAAAAGUAGAAAUUAAAGUUUCGAUUGGAGAUGAAAUUAAACUUGAUGAAAACCAUGUGAUUGCCGAGCGCCGCGAAAAACUAAAAGCCAUACGUGAAACCGCUAAAGCCAAUAAUGGUGCGGCUUUUCCUAAUGAUUUUAAGCCACAGCACAAAGCGGAAGAUUUACAUGCGGAGUAUGGUACGCAAGAUAAAGAAACCUUAGACCCGCAAAAUAUUCCUGCCAUCGUUGCUGGGCGCAUGAUGCUAAAACGCGUGAUGGGUAAAGCCAGCUUUGCGACGAUUCAAGAUACUACAGGUCGAAUACAGCUAUAUAUUGCGCGCGAUGAAAUAGGUGAAGAACUUUAUGAAAGUUUUAAACAUUGGGAUAUGGGCGAUAUCUUGGGCGCAUCAGGUCGCUUAAUGAAAACCAAAACGGGCGAGCUUUCAUUGCAUGUGAGCGAAAUUAAAUUGCUGACAAAAUCACUGCGCCCAUUACCAGAAAAAUUUCACGGCCUGCAAGACCAAGAAGUGAAAUAUCGCCAACGUUAUGUGGAUUUAAUCACCUCUGAAGAAACCCGCGCCACCUUUAUUGCGCGUAGCAAAGUGGUGUCUUCUAUUCGCAACUACAUGAUUGAAAAUGAAUUUUUAGAAGUUGAAACACCGAUGUUGCACCCCAUUCCGGGCAAACCGCUGGAUUUAAGCAAACCGUUUCAACGUUUAACCAUUGUCGGUGCGAUUCAAAAAUAUGCGCCUGAAUACACCUUGGAACAACUCAAUGACACCGCAUUUUUGCGUACUGAGCUUUACAAGCGCGGCAUCAAAGUGUUUGACCACGCAGGCUUGGGCUCGCUACAGUUAAGUUUAUUUGAAGAAACCGCUGAAAGCCAACUGUGGGAGCCGACUUACAUUAUUGACUACCCCGUUGAAGUUUCACCACUGGCGCGCGCGAGUGACAAAAACCCUGAAAUCACCGAGUCGAUCGCUCAAGAAUACCCUCCAUUAAAGCUUAAGAUCGUCUGGGUGCGAUAUGCAGCCAUUUCCGUC